CCAAGGACGACUUUACUUUUAAAAUAUACAGAAACCGGCUUCCGAGAGCACGGUUUCGCUUUUUGAAAAAAAAAAAAAGAAACCGGCAUGGUGGAUGACGACUUCACCUUUAAUGUCGUCUUCCACCACGACGACUUGAUCCUAUUUUGAACAAAAAAUUCAAACGACCCUUCUUUACAAAUUUUUGGUCAAAGUGACCCUUUUUACAAGAAAGCCUAAAAUAUUUUUUGAAUGUAUGCUCAUCCUUCCCUACGGGGCAAAUACCAUCCAAGAUUUCAAUAUCUCAAUUCCACAAACCAUGGAAUUCCGAAUCCCAGAAACUUCAACCAACAACACUGCUCACAAUUUGAACUGUUCCUGUUUCUUCUGCAUCUUGUCUGAAACGGUGCCUUCCGUGAGAAGAACCAGAAUAGCUAAAUACUUCAAACAAAUGUCUCUCAGAAACAACCAAGAACAUGUGCUGGUCCUAAGUGGGAUUUGGAAAAUCGCCAUGACUAAACCAAACGACCCUGAAUUUCCUUCCCUUGGCAUCUUCACAUGCAUGGCCAAACUCAUUAGUAAAGGAGUCACUCAUAGAAGUUGGCUUCUUAGGCACCAGAACAUUUACAUACCCUACUACGCGGCACAUAUCAUUGGUUCCUAUACCAUGACGAAACCCAAGUUUGCCAAAAAAGCUGUUAAGUCCUCAGUGAUUCAGCCUUUGCUUGAGCUUCUUCGGGGUAAGAUAAGUUGGGUUGAACAAAGGGUUGCACUCAGAGCAAUGGGUCAUCUAGCCAGACAUAAAGCAACUUUUGAAGCCCUUAAAGCAUACGAAGUAGAAAUCAUAGAAGCAGCCACGAACAUAGCUUCCACGUGCCUGAACAAGGUAUACGAUGAUUUUGUUGGGUUGAAAAAAACAGAGAGGUUGAAGUACCAUAGGAACCUUUUGACAAGAGGGUUUGGAGGGUUUGAAUUGGAAAACAGAAAGGCAGAAGAAUGGGCCAGCCAGCUUCAAUGUUGGUCUCUCUUUCUCCUACACUGCUUUGCAUGCAGAGAAAGAUCUCUGAGGCUGAUAUGUAAAAAGAAAUUCUUGAAGAAGUUGUGUGGUAUGUGGGGGGGACUAUCAAACCCCUCUUCACCUUCUGGAAUAGGACUUCUGAAAACCCUGUGUCACACACAAAUGGGAAGAGAAAGCAUAGCGAGUUUGCAAGAAGUUGUAGAGAGUUUGUGUCACGUGUCAAGAUCCUCAGAUAAAAGGCAACACAUGGCUAUUGAAAGUCUUGUUCAACUUCUCACAGACCCAGUUACGAGGUAUAAAGUGAUAGACACAGCAGCUCCAGCGCUUGCUGAUUUGGUUGAAUUAAGAGAUGUGAAAGGGAAAUACAAAGUUGGUAAGAAAAUCAUGCAGGUUCUCUUGCACGAUUUCCACAAGAUCAAGGUUCGCGAGUUGAGUUUGAGUAGUGAAAGAACGAGGAGAAGGUUGGAAGAAGUAUGGGAAAUGAAGGUGGAGAGAGUGAAGAGAGAGAAAGUGACGAGCGUGCAGGAAAUGAGAGAAAAAAAAGCUUUGUCACGUGUUCUGAAAGAAGAAGGAAGUGAGAGAUUUUUUGGUGGGGAGAUUGAAGAGGCUGUGGUGAAAUACUCAGAGGCUUUAGAUUUGUGCCCAUUGAAACUAAGGAAAGAGAGAAUGGUGCUUCAUGGCAAUAGAGCUCAGUGUUAUUUGCUUCUUAAAGAUGCAGAAGGUGCGAUCAGUGAUGCCACCAGAGCACUGUGCCUAUCAGGUGUUGCGCGUCCUCACAGUAAGAGUUUGUGGAGAAGAUCACAGGCUUAUGACAUGAAAGGGCUUGCUAGGGAGAGCUUGAUGGAUUGUUUAACGUUCAUGAACUCAAAGGGGUUCCAGAUGCCAUACUAUGCAGCACGAUUUUUCAACAGGCAAAUGAAUUCCACUUGGCUCUUUGCUUCAGCUCAGUCAAAGUGGUAUAACAAACACCCAGAAAUGAAAGAACUCGUUGCGAAUUUGGGUCAGAAAUCGAGGAGAAAAGUGAAAGGUAUGAGUUGGUAUAUUGAUGUAGAGGAAGGUUUGAGUAAAAGAAGAGAGUGCAAAUGUAGAAGGGUGAGUGAGGGUAGAAAAUUAGUGACUGCAAAUGUUAAGAAGCAUUAGGUUGGAGGAGAUGGAGCAUACUUGAUGUCUCUUUUACAUUGGCAUGCCCUGUACUUUUGCCUUCAUUCACAAGAAAAAGGGAAAAAUAUUCUUCUACCA